AUGAAGUGGUCCUUCGCUUACUUAACACUACUUACUCUAUUAUGUUACUUAUUGGAAGCUAAAAGUUAUGCUGAAGGAGGAACUUUAAGGAGAUCUCUUGUUCCAAACAAAAGUUCCAUCACGAUACGACGAGAGUCUCUUUAUGAAAGAGAACGAACAACGUCCACUCUGAAUAUUAUUGUCUUGGCUCCAAGCAAUGAUAAGUUACCUUAUUCUCUACAUAAAAUCGUACCUGGAGUCUUGUAUGCCAUCCAAACCUUGAAAAGUAAAGGUCUGUAUGAACGCUUAGGAGGUCGUCUAAUCCAAAUCAUUUACAAAGAUACGGACUGUUCUUCAACAACAGGACCUCUGGCAGCGUUUGACUUUUAUGUAUCUGGAACAGCAGACGUUUUUCUUGGCCCUCUUUGCCCAUACGUGCUGGCACCUGUAGCAAGGUAUUCAGCUACCUGGAAUAUUCCGCUUUUGACUGCUGGAGGUCAAAAUAGUAACUUUGAUUCCAAAUAUCCUCAUUAUCGUCUAACGACUCGUAUGAACGGGUCCUACUCUCAAAUCGGACAUCUGUUCCUGGAACUGUUACAAAGUUUCACUGGAAAACGGUAGCUCUGUUGUUCCACGAUUUCCGGGAUCAGUCUUUAGGUCACUCCAACUGUUUCUUCACCUUUGGGGCUGUGUACACGGCUCUAGGUCGACAGUCUUUUAAUGAGGUUUUUGACGAAACAAAACCGAGGAAAAAGACUUUCACAAACUACUC